AUGGAACAACCAAUCUUCAAAUACAUGGUCAACCAAGAUGAAAAAUCUAAAAAAGAACUGGAGCUCAAGAUCCAAAAUGGACAUGCAAGACCAAUGGGCCAUGUUGAAAACUUGUUUGGUAUUUAUCAACGUGAAAAAAUCUACAAAUCAUUCAGUAUCAUUUGUAAAUACAACAAAGUGAUAAAUGAUGAAGCUCUAUUAUUCCAUGCUCUUCGACCUAUAUUGGUCGAAUAUCCGCUUUUAAGUGCUGCUAUAGUGGAACAAAAAAUUGAGGAUCAUGUAAAGCCUAGACCUCAUGAUUACACCAAGGUUGUUGAUAAAGUUCAACUAAGUGAUGUGAUGUAUGAAUUGGAUGAAGAGAUCAAGGCAUUGAAAGGCUGUGAACUCCUGGAAGCGAUGAAUAGUAUUGUGCUACCGUAUGGUGAUGAUCAAUUAACCUGGAGAUUAGCUAUAAUUGAUGAAUUCACACUUGCUUAUAUUUCAAAUCAUGUUUUAGCUGAUGGUAUUACUGGUAAAAAUCUUUUUCAAGACCUUCAAAUUCAAUUUUCCAAACUAUACGGAAGUGAGAUUCCACCAAUAUCACCAAAAUCUUUACUCUUCAACUAUAACACAGACUCAACAAAUUUAACGCAUUUACCAGAUCCAAGUGAUUCAGUCAUCGAUUAUGCACCACCAUACUCCUUCAUACCAGAGUACUUGCUCAAUAGAUUCAUCAUUAGUAAAUUUUGUCCAAACUCACACGCUUCACCAGGAGUCUCGAUAAAUUAUCAAACAAUUCACAUUUCAGCUUCAGAACUAAGCAGAAUCAAACAAGACUUGAUAGAACAUGAGCAAGAUAAGAAAAUAACAUUAACACCAUAUAUUCAAGCUGCUUGGUUGAAUGCGCUUUAUAAAACAGGGGUCUAUAACAGUAAAGUGACAAAUUUCCUAUUGGCUGUUGAUGCUAGGCAGUAUUUCCCACAGGAAAACAUUGAUCAGUACAAGUAUGGAUUGAACACAUCAGCGACAAACAAGUAUUUCCAUAAUAUAAAAGAUUUCACAUGGAGUUGGGUCGGAUAUUUAAAUGAUUACAUCAAAUGGUGUGUUAACACAAAGAGACCAUUAUAUCUACUUGGGUUUUUGACGUUAGAUAAAGUUGUUGGGAACAAGAAUUUGGAUGUUGAAGUUAGAAAGACUAAGCAUGAUAAAAUUAGAACCAAUACUUUAUUCUCUAACUUGGGUGUUGUUGAAUCAAAUAGGAAAGAAGUGGUUGAUAUUGAAGAUUGCAUCUUUACUCAGCAUUUCAAUGGAUCUUUUUAUGAUUUUUCGAUAAAUGCAAUCACUACAAGGAAAGGUGGAUUGAAUUUUGUGAUCAGUAGUACUGGGAAUGCUUCAUUCAGUAAGGCAAAGUUUAAUGAGGCUGUAUUGGCUUUCAAGGAGAAUUUGAUUGGAGAGUGUUGUGAAUAG